CCGAUAAUUCAAGAAUCAUGUAAUGUAAAUCAAAGAGGCGCCCAAGAAAAACCGUGCAGCUCCUCCUCCCAUCGCAGAGGGAAGCCCUCGGUUGGUCUUCUGACUAGUCACCCGGUCACACGGCAGUAGCACGACACGACGCACUGCACAAAAAACGCAGUGCAGAUAUUAACAAAAGAGCUCAGCCUUUUGAUCAUUUGAUGCCUACUCUACUGGGAGCACAGCGCCCUCUCCCACUGUUGCUGCUACGCGAGCGCGCGAAUGCAGCAGGCUGGCUGGCGUGCGUGCCCAAACCAAACCUUAUCUUUCCCCCCAUAUACCCCAGCCCAGUAAGCGGCAGUACCCCCGCAGUAGACCACCACACCGGAGGGAAAGAAACAUACGCAUCCCACCAACGCGAGCGCCUCAGAGAUCCUCAGAAUCACUGCUACAGCUAAGUCAGCAGCAAAGGAGCGAGAUAAGUAGUGAGCCAGCGGUGGUGGUGCGCGACUUCCCUCCGUCGUCGCCAAAAGCAUCGCGACACCGAGAAACGGCCACCAACCGAGAGCAAGCGAGCGAGGGCGCGAGUCAGCCAUCCGUCCGUCCUCGACCAUGGCGCUAGUGGACGCGCUGUGCGCCUCCAGCGUCGAAAAUGCGGCGCUCGUCUACAACACCUUCAACGCCGCGGGCUUCCUCUUGGACAAUGCCGCGGCGGGUUUCUACGACGGUGCCGGCAUUGCCAGUGGCCCGGCGCACGAGCUUCAGGCGCCCGACAGAGCGCCGGGGCUGUCCGCCGUGGGCGACGUGGCGGCGUCCCUGGAGAAGCAGGCGACGUCGUCGCCCGCGCCGCCUAGGAGGAAGCGGCGGCGGCGGGCGAGGAGCUGCAAGUCGAGGGAGGAGGCCGAGUGCCAGCGCAUGACCCACAUCGCCGUGGAGCGCAACCGCCGGCGCCAGAUGAACGAGUACCUCGUCUUGCUCCGCUCCCUCAUGCCGGAGUCCUACGUCCAGAGGGGUGACCAGGCGUCGAUCGUCGGAGGGGCGAUAGAUUUCGUCAAGGAGCUGGAGCAGCAGCUGCAGUCCCUGGAAGCGCAGAAGCGGGCGCUGGCUCGCCAGCAGCAGCACAAGGCAGGAUGCGACGCGACGCCGCUGCCGGCGCGCGCCAGCACCAGCGGUGGCAACGGCGGCGCCGCCUGCGUGGAGUCCACGAGCAACUGCAGCAGCAGCGUCACCGAGGCGGACGGCGCGUCCGACGCCCCGCCGUUCGCGGGGUUCUUCACGUACCCGCAGUACGUGUGGUGCCAGUCGCCGCGCGACGCCACGACGCUGUCGGCGGACGAGAGCCGCGCCGGGGUGGCCGACAUCGAGGUGAACCUGGUGGAGACGCACGCCAGCCUCCGCGUCAUGGCGCCGCGGCGGCCCGGCCAGCUGCUCCGCAUGGUCGCCGGCCUGCAGGCGCUCCGGCUCACCGUGCUGCACCUCAACGUCACCGCGCUCGGCUCCCUGGUCCUCUACUCCCUCAGCCUCAAGGUGGAGGAGGGGUGCGAUCUGACGACGGCGGACGACAUCGCCGCGGCGGUGCACCAUGUGCUCUGCUUCAUCCACGCGGAGGCGGAGGCGGAGGCGACGGCGCAGCAGCUGCUGGCGCCCGCGCCGUAGCCGACGAUGGCCGCGGCGGGCGGAGGGUUAAGCGAAGCCGCAACUAGGUAGUGCACGCCAUGAAGGACGAAGGACGAGUCGUGUAAUCUAACCCGUCGGAUCUACUGGGCUUAGAUGCUGUGGGCGGUGCAUGUCGCGCUGCCGCUUUGUGGAAAGUCUACCCAGUCCCAGUGUGAUGCGGCAGAGUACUGUGCUGUAGUAGGUUCAUCUGCAUGCGUAUUAUAGGCGAGUCGUUUCAGUUUCUCAAAAAACACAAGAUUUCUGUGCCACUGAUUAUUUUCAGUUUAUGCCACUCAUCAAGUGCUGGCCAUUCCUUUAA